AUCCAUGCUAGAAAGACAAAACACAAUAGUAGCAUGAACAGACGAUACCAUAUAACUGAUAUAUCAAACGAUAUCCACAUUCUCUGCCCAAUCUGUUUUCUUUAACACCACGGAAACGAUGAACACAAAAACCUUAACCGGAGCCAGAUAAAGCAUAUCAAGACAACAUAUCAGUCGAAUCCAUUAUAUGAAAAUCCAUCAGUUGCCGCAAUCAAAGAACAAAACCAUAGCUAGAUAAAAGCAAGAAUCUUGAUUUCCAUUAGCCUAUCCUCCAGCAAAGGCAACCGAAAAUAAAAGGAAAUCUAAAAAGAAAACCCUAAAAAUCCACCAAGGACAAACAAAUAAAAUGGAUUUGUGCAUCAUCGCGACUGAUUUCUUGGAGAUCAUAUCUUGCGUGCAGUUAAGAAUCAAACCUGUAUGCAAAGAAAGAAGGGAGAUGAAGUUUUCGAAGUCUUGUGUUGAUGUAUUGGCGAUCACGACAGGGUAGAAAGCAAGAAUUGAAAAACAGAGGAUCUUGAGCUUGGAGCAAUCAGACUGAUAAUAAAAGACUCUGCGUUGGUAAGUAUUUAAAAUUAAUUAACCUAUUUAUGUAAUUACUUAUAUGCCCUUGCCUUCAUUCGUCCAGCUAGCCCAUAUUAAACCAGUCUGCCUGCCUAAGCCCAGCCCACCAUCUGCAUCUGCUAUAUGUUUUUUUCUUAUCUUUCUCCUGCAUCCAGCGCCUCAUGCCCUAUUCCAUCUAGCUCCUAGUCUCGAAGUCGACUGGUCUUGCCUUCUCCUCCUCUGUUGUGUCUGACCGACGUUGUUUCCUGCUUUCCUCUUCUUCCCAUCGAUUCAAGCUUUUAUAGCUCCCAAAACUGCUGCUUGUGCUAGUGUGCUUCGCCGCCAUUGCCUCUUGUGUUAAGCUGAGUUUUUGGAGCUACCAAUAUGUGACUUAAGCUGAUCGCAAAUUCGAUAAGCAACUUUAGUUUUAUUACAGCUUAGCUUCUAAUUCUGAAGCAGGAUUUUCUUAAUUUUCUGCUGGUUUUUCUUGUUGGUCUCAUUUUCAGGGGAAUUGAAGAAUCAUAUUCCAAUGAAGAUGUUUCUGUUUAUUUGGUGGAGACUCCUGCUUGCAGGCAAACGAGAGAGCAAAUCCAUGAAUUUAUGGAGAAGUAUAAGACAUACAAGCUUGCAAAAGCUGAGAUCCUCAAUGUCAUCAACGUUGAAAUUGACCCGGUAUCCUCAAUUCGCGAAAAUUCGACAGUUGUCCGGGUCUGUGAAUUUCUGGCCAGACAGACCCGUUACCGAAAAAGUCUCCAAAUUCGACUGAGGUUUUGGCUACCCCCCCCAUUGUCAGACAUCCCGAGCGCGUUCCCAAAGUCGGAAUCGGCAAAGGUGAGCCGGGACAGCCUUCUUCCUCCGCCCAGCCGCCACAGUGACCGUUGUCAAGUCUGCUACAAGAGGAUUUUAUUGUGGUUAACCUGCUUUUCUCCUUCGCAGGUACUGAAGGUAAAAUCAGUAGACUGUCGACUGAGAUUUUUGGAGUUCAGAUCUGCAGAAGUGUCAAAAGAGUACAAGGUUGUCACCUCCUCAGCAAUGCAUGUAGAUAGGGCUCAUUUUAUACAUGUUAUGUAUAUUGUUCAUUCCUAGCACAUUGUAAAUUAUUUGUAUAUCCUGUACAAAAUAAACUCAUGUAAUUAACCUGUGAAUUAUGAAAGCUACUGAAAGUAAGUAUUUCAAUAUGUGAAUUGAAUUUGAGUUAUAAUGAGAUUGUACUUGUCAA